CAUAAAUUCAUUACAUAUACAAUUAACCCUUUGUCUUAAGGUUAACGCUUUUUAUGAUAUUAUUAUUAUUAUUAUUAUUCUGUUAAUUCUGUUAAUUAGUUCGGGUGCUGUUUUUCUUUUUCUUUUUUUUAAAUAAAUUUGUUGAUUUUUGCUAUUUUUUUUUUCAGUUCGAUUUUGAAAGUUUUCCCUUUUUCUUUCUUUCUUUUUAGUUUUUACUUCUUUCUUUCACUAUAAUCAGUUAUCAUUCUAGUUUAUUUCAUUAAAACCCUACUCAAUUGAUCCCAUUACACCAUCAAUUGAUCUUAGAAUUUUAGUCAAUUAAAAGAAUAAUAAUACAUAUUAACCUACCCUCCACCCUCCCUCCACCCGCAAUUAUGUCCCCAGUCGAACAAAAAGCCAUUAAUACCAUCCGUUUAUUAGCUGUUGAUUCCGUCGAUGCUGCCAAUUCUGGUCAUCCAGGUGCUCCAUUGGGUUUAGCUCCAGCUGCUCAUGUUGUUUGGAAAAACAUGAACUUUGAUCCAAAAGAUACUAAAUGGAUUGCUAGAGAUAGAUUUGUCUUAUCAAAUGGUCAUGCUUGUGCUUUAUUAUAUUCUUUAUUGGUUCUUUUCGGUUUUGAUUUAACCGUUGAAGAUUUAAAACAAUUUAGACAAUUAGGUUCAAAAACUCCAGGUCAUCCUGAAGUUUUAGAUGUUCCAGGGGUUGAAGUUACUACUGGUCCAUUGGGUCAAGGUAUUUCUAAUGCUGUUGGUCUUGCUAUUGCUCAAAAACAAUUCUCUGCUACUUAUGAUAAACCAGAAUUUAAAGUUGCUGACUCCUUUAUUUACUCUUUCUUAGGUGAUGGUUGUUUAAUGGAAGGUGUUUCGUCUGAAGCUUCUUCUUUAGCUGGUCAUUUACAAUUAGGUAACUUAAUUGCCUUUUGGGAUGAUAACAAAAUCUCUAUUGAUGGUUCAACUGAAGUUGCCUUCACUGAAGAUGUUGUUGCCAGAUAUAGAGCUUAUGGAUGGCACAUUAUUGAAGUUGCUGAUGGUAACACUGAUCUUGCUGCCAUUGAAAAUGCCAUUGUUGAAGCUAAAAAAGUUACUGAUAAACCAACUUUAAUUAGAUUAACUACUACUAUUGGUUUCGGUUCUUUAGCUCAAGGUACUCACAGUGUCCAUGGUGCUGCUUUAAAGAAAGAUGAUAUUGUUCAAUUAAAAACCAAAUUUGGUUUCAACCCAGAAGAAAAAUUCGCUAUCCCAACUGAAGUUACUGAAUUUUAUAAAGCUAAUGUUGCUGAAAAAUUAAAGGUUAAAGCUGAAUGGGAAAAAGGUUUUGCUGCUUAUAAACAAAAAUACCCAGAAUUAGGUGAAGAAGUUCAAAGACGUUUAGAUGGUAAAUUACCAAAGAAUUGGGCUGAUCAUUUACCAAGAUAUACUCCAUCUGAUAGUCCAGUUGCUACCAGAAAAUUAUCUGAAAUUGUUUUAACUAAAAUCUUACCUGUUGUUCCAGAAAUUAUUGGUGGUUCUGCUGAUUUAACUCCAUCUAAUUUAACUAAAACUGUUGGUUCAACCGAUUUCCAACCUCCAUCUACUGGUUUAGGUGAUUACAGUGGUAGAUAUAUCAGAUAUGGGGUUAGAGAACAUGGUAUGGGUUCUAUUAUGAAUGGUAUUGCUGCUUUUGGUGCCAAUUAUAAGAAUUACGGUGGUACUUUCUUAAAUUUCGUUUCUUAUGCUGCUGGUGCCGUUAGAUUAGCUGCUUUAUCCCAUCAUCCAGUCACUUGGGUUGCUACCCAUGAUUCUAUUGGUUUAGGUGAAGAUGGUCCAACCCAUCAACCUAUUGAAACUUUAGCUCAUUUCAGAGCUACUCCAAAUAUUUCUGUUUGGAGACCAGCUGAUGGUAAUGAAACUUCAGCUGCUUACUAUAGUGCCAUUCAAUCUACUUCAACUCCUCAUAUUAUUGCUUUAACUAGACAAAACUUACCUCAAUUAGAAGGUUCUUCUAUUGAAGUUGCUUCUUUAGGUGGUUAUACUUUAAUUAAACAUGAUAAACCAGAUAUUAUCAUUGUUGCUUCUGGUUCUGAAGUUUCUCUUGCUGUUGAUGCUUCUAAGAGAUUAGAAACUGAAGGUUUCAAAGCUGGUGUUGUUUCAAUUCCAGAUUUCUUAACUUUUGAUAAACAACCAUUAGAUUAUAGAUUAUCCGUUUUACCAGAUGGUGCUCCAAUCUUAUCUGUUGAAGUUAUGUCUACUUUCGGUUGGUCUAAAUACUCCCAUGCUCAAUUUGGUUUAAACAGAUUCGGUGCAUCUGGUAAAGGUCCAGCUAUUUAUAAAUACUUUGAAUUCACUCCAGAAGGUGUUUCAGAAAGAGCUGUUAAGACUAUUGAAUUUUACAAAGGUAAGACUGUUUACUCACCAAUAUCAACUCCUUUUUAAACCAAUAUACUCUUAAAGUAAAAAGAAUGUUUUAGUUGCCUCCUUUUUUAAUUAUUAUUAUUAUUAUCAAAUAUAAGAAUUUAAAUUUUAUUCGUUUAUUAUUGUUGUAGAUCGUAUAUAUAAUUAUUUAGUUUUUGUGAUGGGAGGGAAAUAUUUUAUUUUUUAUAGUAUCAAAACCAUGGAUGCAAAAAAACAGUAAUAUAUACAAACUACAAACUACAAACUACAAGGAUUCAAAGUACUUUUAAAUAUCGAUGACCAAAGCAUCUUUAAUAUUUUAUUUUCUUUAAAUAAAUAUAAAUAUAAUAUUUAAAUUUUUUUUUAACA